AUCGACAAUUUGCCAGGCAGCACGCUACGACUUUGGCACUCGACUUUGGUGCUACGACUUUGGCGCCACGGAACAUCACGUCCUACACUGUCCUACACUGUCCUACACUCGUCCCACGACACCCCGUCCUACCUCGUCCUAACAUAUCCUGGCUAGUCGCGCCUGGCUUCCGUUCUCCAUUCCUGGCCUCCCUCCCGACGCUGGCAGGACCACUUCCACCACCAUGGACCCGUACCACAUGCCUCCAACACCCCAGCCUCCCGCCAACCCCGACUUGGACCCCUACCAGCUGCUCUUGGUCCAUCUCUUCGGGUACUUGCACCGCAACGGCCUCCACGACUCCGCCAGCUGCCUCCUCCACGAACUCUCCAACAACCCUCGAAACGGCGUGUCUCCCAUGGAGCUCAAGAAGCUCUUUACGUCGGCAUCCUCGGACGAGUUCCUCUUGGACUGGUGGUCGCUUCUAUGGACCAUGCAAUCAGGUAUGGACCCCAAACUCAACCAGCUCAUGAGCCAACAGACACCUCAGUUCCCCCAGCUGUUGAUACGAACAAACCCGGCGUCCAUCCCCCAGAGCGGUGACGCCGACUUCAUGCUCCCGCCCCAGCCUAAAGCCAAGAUGCCGCCUCCAACAGCAGUGAACCGCCUGGCUGGCGUUGGGGCCAGCCAGUACCAGCAGCAGCUCCGUCUCCAACAGAUGAAAUUCCAGUACCAGCAGCAGCAGGCCCAGUUACGCCAACAGUCGGUGCAACAACAACAACAACAGCAGCAGCAACAACAGCAACACCUACAAUCGCCGUUGCUCGUCGAUCGCCAGCAAACAGCCCCUUCUGUGCCCCAAAGCACCAACGACGCCAUCAGCGACUACCAGAAGAACCUCCAGCGCAUGGAGAACCAAAACAACUUCCAAAGGGCCCAAUUUCUCAUGAGACAACAGCAGCAGCACCAGAACCAGCAACAGCACCCCCAGGGCCAGAUACCAGAAGCAAGCUCCCAGUUCGGCCUGCAAGCGAAUCCCAGACAGGCACCUAUGAGCCAGCAGCAGAUUAUGUUCUCCCAGCAGCAGCAGGCGCAGAACCCAAACCUGCUCAGCGUCCAAACUGGACCAUCUAUGGACAUUUCUCCCCAUAUGCUUGGUGGCGAGGACCCCACCAAGUCGGCAGAAGAGCGCUUUGCCAGCUCCGGCUCCGCGAGCAGAGAAAGCACUGGUUCUAACAACCACAACUUCGACAAUCCUAAGACUGCGGUGGGAAUGAAGGAUAACGUGCUUGUCAACCCUAGUGACCCCAGCUUGACCCCCCAGCAGCAACACCAGGCACAUCUCCAGUUCCAGCUCCAGCAGAAACGGUUGAAGUUGAUCCAGCUGCAGCAGCUUCAACACACGCAACAAAUGCAAUCGUUCCAGCUGGCAAACGGGGGCCAACUUGGGGACAAUCCCGACCUCAACCCCGACCUCUUGGGCUCCAGCGAUGCCCAGGUGGGGGUGACGUUGAACGGGGGGAUGGGCGACGACCUCGACCUCAAAGACAGCGGGUUGCAAUCGGUAAGCAUGCCAUACAUGGAGUCUGACUGGCUCAGUCUGAUGGGGACGAUUCCGUGAAUCUCCCUAUGUGCAAGAGAUUCUGACACUGUGAAGUCGUAUAAUGGAGUGACUGGCUCAGUUCAAUCCGUGAAUCCCUCUGUGUGGGAAAGUGGAAAAGUAGUAGUCUGCUGGCUCAGUCUGAUAGUCGAUUCGGUAUCUGUCUUGGUAUGGGGUCUGCCUGGCCCAGUUGGGGACGGUUCCGUGAAUU